CGGCUUGAUGACGUAAUUCCGCCCAUGUGACGAGCUACAAUGGCAGCCCCCACGCGUAUAUUUAAAGUGUAAAGACACAGACUGUACCCAGAUAGUUAUUGUUUAGCUUUUCGGGUCUGCAGAUAUGAGGUAUUUGCUCCGAGUGGGGCAUUCGUUUGCCCGUCUUCAUGUCCGUUUAUGUCACCACAGUGUUUACAGUAGUCAUGCUAAUCCACGAAGUGUGGGAGUGGACCUUGAUGAGAAGAAACUUCAGAUCUCUUCAGGGAGGUUUGCUAGAUUUGCUGAUGGAGCUGCUGUAGUUCAGCUGGGAGACACAUCUGUGAUGGUGACUGCUGUGAGCAAAACCAAACCUUCUUCGUCUCAGUUCAUGCCUCUUGUGGUGGACUACAGACAGAAAGCAGCCGCUGCAGGUCGAAUCCCCACUAACUAUUUGAGGCGUGAGAUGGGCACCACGGACAACGAGAUCCUCACCAGCAGACUCAUAGACAGAUCAAUCAGGCCACUGUUCCCUCCUGGUUACUUUUAUGAUACUCAGAUUCUUUGUAACCUGCUGGCAGUUGAUGGGGUCAAUGAUCCAGAUGUGUUGGCUAUUAAUGCAGCUUCUGCUGCCCUGGCAAUGUCUGAUAUCCCCUGGAAUGGACCCAUAGGUGCUGUGCGAGUGGGUAUGGUAGACGGACAGCUGCUGAUCAACCCCACUCGGGCUGAGAUGAAUUCCAGCACUCUUAACCUGAUUGUGGCUGGAGCUCCCAGCAGUCAAGUUGUGAUGAUUGAGGCAUCAGCUGAGAACGUGCUGCAGCAGGACUUCUGCCAUGCCAUGAAGGUGGGAGUCAAACACACCCAGCAGAUCAUACUGGCCAUACAGCAGCUGGUGCGAGAACUGAAGAUCACCAAGCGCUCCCCGGUCAAGGUCUUCUCAGCUCCGACUGACAUGGUGGAACAUGUUCGGCAAGUAGCUUCUGAGAGGAUUUACGCCAUUUUCACUGAUUACACCCACGAUAAGAUUUCAAGAGAUGAAGCUAUCAACAAAAUUCGACUAGAAACUGAAGAGAACCUUAAAGAAAAAUUCCCUCAGGCUGAGCCCUUUGAAGUCAUUGAAUCCUUCAACUUUGUGAGCAAAGAAAUCUUCCGCAAUUUAGUUCUUAAUGAGUACAAGAGGUGCGAUGGGAGAGACUUGACUGCUUUAAGGAACAUUUCCUGCGAUGUCGACCUCUUUAAACCGCUGCAUGGCUCGGCUCUGUUUCAGAGAGGACAAACGCAGGUGCUGAGCAGCGUCACUUUUGAUUCCCUGGAAUCCAGUGUCAAAGCAGACAUUAUCACCACAGCUUUGAGUGGCAUCAAGGACAAAAACUUCAUGCUUCAUUAUGAAUUCCCUCCGUAUGCAACCAAUGAGAUUGGAAAGCUGGGAGGUCUCAACAGGAGAGAGCUCGGACACGGGGCCCUGGCUGAGAAAGCUCUGAGACCAGUCAUACCUAAAGACUUCCCCUUCACUAUCAGGGUGACUGCCGAGGUGCUCGAGUCAAACGGAUCCUCCUCAAUGGCCUCGGCAUGUGGAGGCAGCCUUGCUCUAAUGGACGCAGGUGUGCCCAUCUCUUCUCCUGUGGCAGGUGUAGCAAUCGGUCUAAUCUCCAAGGCCAACCCUGAGAAACCUGCUGAGAUGCAGGACUACAGAUUACUAACUGAUAUUCUGGGAAUCGAGGACUACCUGGGAGACAUGGACUUCAAAUUAGCAGGAACAAACAAGGGCAUCACCGCUUUACAGGCUGAUGUGAAGAUCCCAGGUUUGCCUCUGAAGGUAGUGAUGGAGGCUGUCCAACAGGCCACCGUGGCAAAGAGGGAAAUCUUGGGCAUUAUGAACAAAUGUAUAGCAAAACCCAGAAGCACGAGGAAGGAGAAUGGACCUGUUGUUGAAAAUAUCCGGGUGCCUGUUUCCAAACGAGCACGCUUCGUCGGUCCAGGGGGAUAUAACCUACGCAGGCUACAAGCUCAAACAGGUGUGACAAUUAAUCAAGUGGACGAGGAGACUUUCUCUGUGUUCGCUCCGACACCGGGAGCCAUGAACGAAGCCCAGGAAUUCAUCAGCGAGAUCUGCAAGGAUGAUCAAGAACAGCAGCUGGAGUUCGGUGCUGUUUACACUGCCACCAUCACCGAGAUCCGGGAUAUUGGUGUGAUGGUGAAACUUUAUCCCAACAUGAGUGCCGUCCUGCUCCACAACUCGCAACUGGACCACAAGCGGAUCAAACAUCCAACUGCCCUGGGUUUAGAGGUGGGACAGCAGAUACAGGUCAAGUACUUUGGACGGGACCCAACAGAUGGCAGAAUGAGGCUUUCACGAAAGGUGCUCCAGUCUCCUGCCGCAACUCUCGUCAAGACGCUGAGUGACAAACAGAGCAUCUCCGUGGGUUCAAACAACAGUCAGACGAAAAGCACCGACUUGUGACACCAACACCAUCAGGAUAACGUCUGGGUUUGAAAGGAACAGAUUCUGCCACAAAGCAAACCAAGAGCAUCAGCACAAACUGAACCAGUGCGGUACAUGAAGAGGUUUACCCUGCUGUCAUGGGUAUGGGUGUAUUAAAACUGCACUGGAGUGAACCACGCCUCAUUAAAUACAGUGUCCUGAUGUUGUUUGUCUGUCCAGUGGAUGGACACGAACUGAGAAGAAAACUUUGUUGAUAAUGAGCAGGAGACGCAUGUUUUCCAAAAAUCUGAAUCUGUUGUAUUUUUAUUCCCCUUUUAUGGUGUCUUGUUUGCAUAUCCGACUCCACUGAGAGCAUCAAGUAGUAAGAGGGUUUUCUUCCAGUUUCCUCCAACACAGUCAUCUUACAGCUUUUACCCAACAGACUAACAAUGGUUUUCUUAUUCACAUGUGUGAUAACACUGCCUCUGUGGAUAUGUUUAAAGAAGGCAAAGUGAGAGCAUAUUUUUUGUAUUAUUUUCCCUAUGUUGUGUUGCUUUUUACAGUUUAAUUGAGUCAAUGUAAAUAAAACAAUCAGUAGUUGUU